UGAAUAAUUACAGCCAAAAAGUUAUUCGCGCCACCACCAACCGCAGACAGGCGACGAAGACUUGGUAGCCUCUCAGUCUCAGGUCCACGCCCAUCCUCGCCGCCGGCGACACCCACCCAGAGAUCCAGAUCCAGAGGAGGCUGCUCUGUACUCAGCCGGCGGGAUGGAGAUCGCGGUGGGCGCGCUGUCGGGCAUGGUGGAGGCGCUGCCGGGCAAGCUGGGCGAGCUGCUGCAGCAGGAGUACGACCUGCUCUCCGGCGCCCGCGGGGACGUCGCCUUCUUCCAGGCCGAGCUGAGAACCAUGAACGCCGCCGUCGUGCGCUGCGAGGCCCUCGAGGAGCCCGACGUCCAGACCACCGGCUGGAUCGCCCAGGUCCGCGACCUCGCCUUCGACAUCGAGGACUGGGUCGACCUCUUCGCCCACCGCGUCGACGCCGGCGGCACCCACGACGCCACCUCCCACCGCUUCUCCCGCUGGAUCCGCCGGCUCACCACCAUCCCCGACCGCCACGUCAUCGCGACCGAGCUCAAGGAGCUCCGGGCGCGCGUCGUCGAGGUGAGCGAGCUGCGGAAGCGCUACAGCCUCGGCCCGCAGAUACCGUCUCGUCACGCGCCCGCCGUCGACCCCCGCAUCUUCGCGCUCUACGCCGACAGCGCCGGCCUCGUCGGCAUGGACGGGCCGCGGGACGAGGUGGCGGAGAUGGUGACCGGACAGGACCCGGACGGCCUCAAGGUCGUUUCCAUCGUCGGGAUGGCUGGCUCCGGGAAGACGACGCUUGCCAGGGAGGUGUAUAGGUUGGUCAACGCCGGGUUCAAGUGCCGCGCGUCGGUUUCGGUCGGCCGGAGCUCAGACGUCGGCAAGGUGCUCGGCGAUAUGCUGUCCCAAGUGGACGGCAGAGGACGAGGUGAUGCUGGCGAUGUGAAUCAAUUGAUUGGGAGGCUGAGGCAGCAUCUGCAAGAUAAGAGGUAUCUUGUUAUGAUUGAUGAUUUAUGGAGUGUUCAGACUUGGGAGAUAAUCAAACACUGUUUUCCAGAGAACAAUCUCGGGAGUCGGAUAAUCACUACAACAAGAAUUGAGGCUGUUGCAAAAACAGCUGCAGGUGUCCAUGUUUACAAGACUUGUCUUCUUGAUGAAGCCGAUGCUGAAACCUUGUUUUCCCAAAGAGCUUUUGGGAGUGUGGGUGGGUGCCCUGCCCAUUUGAAGGAUGUUUCAGCUCAGAUCAUGAAAAAGUGUGGUGGUUUGCCACUUGCUAUAGUGAGCGUGGGUGGCUUAUUAGCCAGCAAGGUGCGCACAACAGAUGAAUUUGAGCGGUCAGGACUGGAAUGGCGCACAAAUUCAGAGCUACAAGGGUUGAAACAGAUCAUCAAACUCAGCUACAGUGAUCUUCCUGCCAAUCUCAAGGCGUGUCUCUUACACCUAAGCAUAUUUCCCGAGAACCAUGAGAUCGAAAUAGAGCGUCUUGCGAGGCGUUGGGUUGCUGAAGGGUUCAUCAAUGAACAGCGUGGCACAAGCAUGGAGGAAACAGCGAGAAACUACAUCAGCGAGCUCAUUGGCAGAAACUUAAUCCAACCAUCACAGCUGAAUCAUGAUGGCACCCAUAGGAGCUACGUUCUUCAUCCAGUAAUACACGAUUUCAUCAUUUGCAAGUCCAUGGAAGACAACUUUGUUGCUCUGGUACAUGCUCAGCAGCAAGAUGUCCCACCUGUCAAUGGCACUGUCCGACGGCUAUCUUUGCUGAAUAGUGGUAAGCAUGAUCAGGCCGCUGCACAAAUCGAUGGGGCAAAAGUAUCUCGUGCUCGCUCGAUCACCGUAUUUUCUCACACCGGUCGCACGCCUCGUCUGAAUGAACUCAGUGUACUGCGGGUUCUUGACCUUGAAGGCUGUCAAGGUCCACUGUGCCUUGAUGGUCUCUACAAAUUGCUGCUUCUGAGGUACUUGAACCUCAAGGGAACAGAUGUCAGCAACCUCCCUGCACAGAUCGGAGAGCUAAGAUGCCUGGAGACACUGGACGUGAGAUCCACAAAGGUGAAAGAGCUACCUCCGAGCAUUCUCAGGCUGGAAAAGUUAAUGCAUUUGCUCGCCGGGAACGCCAAGUUGCCGAGUGGGAUAACCAAGAUGAAGUCACUGCUGACACUUUCAUGCAGCAAUAUCGGGAAGAGUGCUGAUGCGGAUAUCAUUCAAGAGCUCAGUAAUAUGGCAAGCUUGCGGGAACUGGAAUUAUUUUGUAAUGUUCCUCGGGCGUCUGAGGACAAGAAACAAGUCGCAUUUCCGAGUGAUGGAUUUCAGAGUCUUAAGAAGCUUUCGAUAAGGUGCAGCUUGCCAUCUGUGACCUUUGUGACCGACGCUUUAUCGAAGGUUGAAGUGCUUGAGCUAAAGUUUGAAGAAGGCCUUUCAAAGGAGUCGAGUGGUGUGUCUGGCGUUGAGCACCUGUCAGGCCUGAAGCAUAUGAUCAUCGAAUUUUCGCAGCAUGAUGUGGGUGCUGCGGCAGCAAUGGCUGCAGUCAAGAAGACUACUGAGAAGGUCCACCCUAAUUGUCAAGUGAUCAUCAUGAGUGUUGAUAAGAAGAUCGGCAAAUAGAGUUUGGAGCAUUGUGCCCAUCUGAUUCCGAGUAAGCAUGAGCGGUGUCCAGAUGUAAUAUACCUUCUGAUGGAGACGGUCAGGGGGCAUUUGAUGAUUUAUUUCAACACACUUCCUUCAACAGCGUUAUUAUGAUUUGUUUAGUUAAUUGGUUUGAAUAAUUGAUGCCCCUAGAACUUGGUAUUUCAUUCCUCAAAUUAAAUGUAUGAUGUUUUCUGACAUUGUUACUUGCUUCUAUGCCCAUGGACGUUAAGCCGUGAACAAUGCAUUGUGUUUUACAGUAAUUGCUAAAGGGUGUAUCUUUUAGAAACUUGAUUUUGCUUUCAGUUUCAGUCCAAA